AAAUAAAUAAACUUUUUUUGGAUUAAAAAUUCUGUGUAGACGCUGGUAAAAAGAGAGAGACAAAAGGCCAUGUGAAAGCAAAAACAAAUGCCGGCAAUAACAAUUUAAAAUCGAGCAAAAGCUCACACAACAAAUAAAUUUUCAGUACGUUUCUUCUCUGCGACGGAGCAGAGCAUUCGGUUUAGUGGUGUACGUCUUCUAGGAAGCAAAGUCAUGGCAAAGCACGAAAUUAAAUACACAAAACUUUUUAUCAACAAUGAAUUCGUAGAUGCAGUCUCAUGUAAAACAUUCGCUACUAUUAAUCCUACCACAGGUGCUGAAAUUAUAAAAGUAGCCGAAGGUGAUAAAGCUGAUGUGGACUUAGCAGUAGCUGCAGCUAAGAAAGCUUUCCACAGAGACUCACCAUGGCGCACAAUGAAUCCCGUACAACGCACCGAUUUAAUGAACAAACUCUGCACUUUAAUGGAACGUGAUAAGGAUAUUUUGGCCAAUAUUGAAGUACAAGACAAUGGCAAACCUUAUGCUGAGGCGGCUUUCGAUGUGGAUUGCUCAGUUGAGACACUAAAGUAUUACGCUGGCUGGACUGAUAAAUUUUUCGGGGACACAAUUCCCGUAAGUGGUGUCGUAUCAAUGACACGCAAGGAACCAGUAGGUGUUGUAGGACAAAUUAUACCAUGGAAUUAUCCAUUAUUAAUGUUGGCAUGGAAAUGGGGUCCAGCACUUGCUGUUGGCUGUACUAUUGUUAUGAAACCAGCAGAGCAAACACCACUUUCAGCCUUACAUAUGGCUGCUUUAUCAAAAGAAGCUGGUUUCCCUGCUGGCGUCAUAAAUAUUAUUAAUGGUUUCGGUCCUACAGCUGGUGCUGCAAUUACUGAACAUCCUGAUAUUCAUAAGGUUGCUUUUACUGGUUCCGUUGAAAUUGGUCGUAUUGUUAUGCAAGCAGCAGCUACUUCAAAUCUAAAACGUGUCUCCUUAGAAUUGGGUGGCAAGAGUCCAGUUGUGGUGUUCGAGGAUGCUGAUCUUGAUUUUGCUGUUGAGACCGCACAUGAAGCUUUGUUCGCAAAUCAUGGCCAAAGUUGCUGUGCCGGUAGCAGAACUUAUGUCCAUGCAAAUAUUUAUGACGAAUUCGUUGCUAAGUCUGUCGAGUUAGCCAAGAAACGUAAAGUUGGUGACCCAUUUGAUGAAACUGUAAAACAAGGCCCACAGAUUGAUGAUGAAAUGAUGAACAAAGUUUUAAAUUUCAUCGAAAGUGGCAAAAAACAAGGCGCCAAAUUGGAGUGUGGCGGUAAACGUAUUGGCAACGUUGGCUACUUUAUUGAACCAACGAUCUUCUCCGAUGUAACUGAUGAUAUGGAAAUUGCACAGGAAGAGAUUUUUGGACCCGUACAAUCUAUUUUCAAAUUUUGUACUUUCGAUGAAGCUGUGGAACGUGCCAAUAAUGUGAAGUAUGGCUUGGCUGCUGCAGUUAUCACCAAUGACAUCAACAAGGCCAUGAAUUUUGUAGCCAGCGUUGAAGCUGGAUCAGUUUGGAUCAACUGCUACGAUGCUGUUAUGCCACAAACUCCCUUCGGUGGAUACAAGCACUCAGGCAUUGGUCGUGAAUUGGGCAAAGAUGGUUUAGAUAAUUAUUUGGAAACCAAAACAGUAACAAUAAAACUUUUGUAAAUAUUCAAAAUCCAAAAGAAAAUCACAGUAUGUUUGUUGGAUUUUUUAAAAUUUUAUAUAUAUUUUUUCACUGGUUAGAAAAAUUGAAAUCAAUAAUAAAUUGAAAAAUAUUUAUAAAUAAUUAAAAAUAAAUACAAAAGUAUAACAAUAAAUUAAGUAUACAGAUAA